GGAUGACAUACAGACUACAAGGACUACUUUUGAGUUUAUGCUUGCUUGCUCUACCUCUUGCCUUGUCUCUUGAGGGUGAAAACUAUGGGCUUGAAAUUAUGAGGAAUCAUAGAAGGGACCUCCGAACAUGCGAAGAAGGGGUGGAAGGAGACAAACAAUUCAACGAGAUAUUCGUGUAUGCCAAUGUGCGUUAUGCAGGAUGCCAAGAUAGGUAUUACCACUCCGUGGGAAACAGAACUGGAGAUUAUUAUAUCUCACUAUCUUGAUUUUCAAGGAAUGAGUUCACCAUUUCUAGAAUAAAUCAAGAAACUCUUGAUACAGUUUGGUCGAUCAAAAAUAGCAACAGACAGCUUAACAUUAUCCCUAAUCCAGAGGAGACAAUAGUGCACUGCAUCUUUGGACAAAGUACCACCUAUUAUUACAUGGAGCUGGACGCGAAAAAUGGGAAAAUUCUGAGAAUUUUUAGGCACCUCAGGAAGACGUAUCCUUUCUGGUGGAUGUACAGCACAAGAUUUUUGACUAUAAAUGGAGGGAAUGGGCUUAGCGGAGAGAUGGUUCUGGAUUUUGUACAUGCCAAUGGGUAUUCGAGGUCAGCAACGGUAACAAUAACGAGAACCAAUGUCACAACUGGGAUCGGAACAGAACACAUCAUAUCUUCAUGAGGAUACCCUAGAUAUGUUUUACCUCAUCCGGAUUCAAAUAAAACGAUAAUAAGUCAUGAUACAGAUCAAGCCAUUCAUUUAACUCUUCUUAACUUCAACACAUCAACCCCCACUCUUGAGAGAAUCUUUGAUUAUAAAUGCGCUGGAGGAAGUUGUAAUUUCAAUGGUCGUUUGUCAGCAACAUUUGACCUAGGAGGUCUUCCUUAUGCAUACAGCCUUAGACAAGAAAUUCAAUCAUCCACUAAGGACUAUUUCAUAUUCACAAAAAUCCACCUAAACGACCCCUCAGCAUCCCAAACACACAUCUCCAUUAACAACUCUCCAUCCCAAAUCCAAUCCAUCACGGCAUACAACAACAUUGUAUACAUCAUUCUCACAAAUGCAAAAUCUCCUACAGGAGUGGCCAGCUCAAUGCUACUUAUUUAUAAUGGGACUGAAGGAGAUGUAUUCGAGAAAUAUAAGGAAUGAUUGAGUAACUCUCAACAGAAAUCAUGAAACGUCGCUUACAUCACUACUUCACACUUCGAUAGCAAUUCAAGGACAAUUUAUUCUAUAAGUGUUGCUAAUGUGCCGAUGUUUUUCGGGACGUAUCAAGGAAAACCUAUGAUUAAUAAGCUGAGUCUUGAAACACUGAACAGCACCAAAGACUGGGAACACAUCGGAUCAUAUUUCCCCUCUCGAACAGAGUCAAGUCUGGACCCUCUCCCAACAAGCUUUAGCCUAAACGUGGUUUCUGGGCAGACUAUUCUGACACCCUAUACAGUCAGUUUUGUGAAUGAGACUCAUGUGGAAGCUAUCAGGGAACAUUAUAGUAUAAACGAUUUUGUCAAGGAGGUACCUAAAAUUGAAUUCAAAAUCAACAAAAACGAGACCAAAACAAUGAAUAUUCCUUCUGGAUGUAGUUUAAGUGGGAAACAAGAUUUAACAUAUUCAAUAAUAAACCCAUCAGACUCAGCCCUCCUUGAAUUUCUGAAAGUUAACCAGACCACUGGGAAGAUCACAGUGGACACAUCCGAUACUUGAUGUACUGGAACUCAGGGUGGAUUUGAACAGAAAAAUUAUACAGCAGUCAUGAGAAUUGAUUCUUAUUCGUUUAUGGAUCCAGUUGACAUCCCUAUGGAAAUAGAUGGAUCAGUAUAUCAAGAAAAACCUCAUAAUAAUACUCGUCCUCAUACUGAUCCUCAUACUCAUGAUAUCGCACCGGCUGUAGUUGCAAGUGCUAUUGCUAUCUCAGCAGUUGUUGGUAGUAUUGCAUUUGUGACUCCGAACUCAGGACUUGGAGGUUUAUGGAUGAUUAUUAAUCAGCAGCAACUUUUGAUCCUUUUAAUGAUGAUAGGUAGUAGCAUACACCCUGAUGUAAAAUUUUUCAUAACUAGGACAAAAUAUGUUACCUUCAGUUUUAAAGAGUUAUCAUUAAGAAGCCUCGAUUUUACUAAAAUCUCAAAUCAACUAGACAGCAUGCAUCGAAACCAAACCAAUGAAGAACUAAAAGACUUAGGAUAUGAUAGCAUGUGAGCUAUACAGAUGAACAUUGAAAUCCCAAUCGCACUAAUCCUAAUCUUCAUCAUCCAGCUACUUUGCAUCAUCGCUUGGCUCAUACCUCUCACCCUGCGCAAGAAAUUUAAUAAGAGAACAGAUGGAGUUUACAACCAGAGACCUGAUAGGUACUUGGACAGUGAACAGGUUAAUGAAGAGAUUGGGCAUUUUGAGAAUUUUGAGAGUACUGUGGGAAGAAGGAAGGAAGGUAAAAAGAUGACGGUUUGGACUAGAGUCAAGAAUUGGGCAAGCUUCUAUCUUCCAAUAAGGUUCUUUACAAAUGUGUAUAUGAGAAUAUUCCUAGAAGCAUUCUUCAUUGUGUCGACUACUGUACUGAAUGAGCUGACCAACCCAGAAUUUUCAAAGGCCUCUCAGAGUGUGUCUUUUAUACUGUCUCUUAUUCUACUUUUCUUGUGCAUUUCAUUUAUUGUGUUCUUGUUUUAUUACUUUUGGAAGCAUCGGAAUGUUGAUCUCUCUGACAAGGAUGAUAAGAACUCAAGAAUAUACUUUGAAGAAUUGUUCCUUGACCUAAAAAUUGGAAUCGGGAGAAUUGAGAACCCACUCUCCAUGCUCAGAAAGUUCAUUUUCCUCUGCAUAAUCUUUUGUCCUGGCUUAGGAGUGAUCUCAGUUUUUGUCAUAUUGAUAUUGAUACAAAUUGCCUACAUAGCUCAGACUGUAAUGAUAAGAAAGUUCAAUAGUCUUGGCUUUCACUUAGCAAGUAUACUUAAUGAAGUCUUUUUGGGGUUGUUCCUGGUCCUGUUCGCUGUAUGGAGACACCAGAGUAGUUGGAGCAGAGAAGGAGGGUUUGAUAAGAAACUGUUCGUUAUUUAUAUGAUUAUGAUGAAUACGGUUGGAGUUAUCAUCUUGCAAUUGACAAUGGGGGUCGGAACUAUAGUAGAAUGGUUUAAGAAGAAGAAACCUGUAAAAGACGAAUCGCCUACUGCUGGCAGUCUUAGAGAGUCAAAUGAGGAAGCAAAUGAGGAAGCUAAAGAGGAAUUAAAUGAGGAACCUAACAAUAUUCAAAACAUCCCAGAAUUAAUUCUAGAGAACCCUUCAGAUCAGACUUCCAAACACUCUCCCACAAAUCUCCAAAAACAUGUAUCAAAACUCCAAGAACAAUCCCCAAAAUACACUAUAAAACACUCUCCUCAGCAUGUCCAAGAGCAAAUCUCAGAGCACAUCCCAACCCCUGCUCCAGUCCAGCUCUCCAGUGGCCCUAGACCUCCACCAUCCUCUCCAAACCUCCCAGAAAUAGAGCUAAGCCACAAAUCCGAGGUACCCUUAUUCUAACCCCACUAGUCAAUCCAUUACUCAUCCAUCAACCUUGACUCCUGCGAAGAACGUAUCUCAAUUCCAGCCGCCAUCCAGCCAAAAGCCAAUGAAAACCCAAAAUUCAAGAAAUUCAAGAAAUUGGAGAAGAAAUAAAUAUUGAGAAGAAAAGUGGGUAAUUACUGAAGUUGUAGUUCAAUAUGGG